AUGAAUCAGCAAAUACCGAUUCCUCCUCAACACACGGCGCCUGCUGGUCGAGGCACGGAUGACAUCGCUGCUACCUUUGCUCGGAUGGGCGUGCAUCCUCAAUCUCAUCCAGGCCCCGCACUUGAAGCACAUUACGCUGGAGUCCAGAACGCUCGGCCCCCACCAAUGUAUCACAAUCAAUCGGCUCUACGCAAUGUAGAGCCCACCUUCGAACAGUACACAAUCACCAAAGAGAGGACUAUGAGCAAUCAAAGUCGCUGGCGCUUCGCUCGGCGUGUACAAGAUCGAAUUUCUCCGAGUGAGCUCGAGAAACGGGUUGACAAGGCCUAUAAAAAGGGUCUUACCGGAGAUAAAUGUCUCAAGCUCCCUGAUCUUGCAGGCAACAGGCGUCUUCAAGUCAUCACACUUCUCAAGGAUCGUAAUAUGCUUGAUCUUGACCGAAACUUUGUGUGGGUGGUCAAAAACGUGAAACUAGAGAAGCAAGAAAUCGGCAAGAACACCGACACCAUCGCCGCGCUACGAGUGAUACUAAAGCGGCAAAGACAGAAGGAGAGCAACCCAGUAAGGGCGGUGAGGUCUCCGAACCAGCAUUUCCCUUGGAGAGAGAUCGUCGAACUCCCACCUCUUAACAAUCAGCCUCAAAAUUUCGACCCGCGCCCACAAGAGAUGAGGGCGCCGGGCCCCGUCUACCGGACAGCUGCAAAUACCGAAACUAUUCCUGGUGCAAGGUUCCAUCCACAUGCAGGCCCUCAGCAGCAACCUCCUGCGCCUAUGCCGCCCAAGAAAGCUCCCGAAGGCCCAAUGUACAACAGACAAACAGCCAUGCCGCCAAGGAAAGCCCCAGAAGAACCAGUCUAUAUUAAGCGGGGAGCACCUAAGGACUCUAGGCAGCAGUUGUUUGCCGAAGCGAAAAAGGAGCAGCAGAAGCCUUUUAGCGAAACUCAGAAGCCCAAGUCUGAUAAGGCAAAAGGAGCCAAACCAAAAGCCCCGAAGAUCUUCCAAAUUCCUCUUGAUGACUCACCCUCCGAAUCUUCUUUUGCAUCAGACGAUGACAGUGGCUUUUCUGUCUCCGAUCCAGAAACAACGGAUACAGGGUUCUCCAGCGACAUUCGCCCUUCCAGCAAAGCAAAGAGAACACCUAGUCCUAGUCCGCGCCGUAGGAUGAAAAGCCCCGUGCACCGUGGACGGACAGGCCGUAGCGAGCCUGAUGGUCCAGAGUAUGUUCGUAAGCACAAGAGGUCGAUUCCUAGUGAUCGCUCAUCGUCAGUCCGACCCGGGUCUCUUUACGCGCGAGACGACGUUGAAAUCCAACCGGCUAAGGGUAGCGGGCUGCCGCGACGCGACGCUGGGCACCGCAGCGGGCUGAAACGACAUGAAUCGAUAAACAGUGGGCGGCCUUCGUACAACCACCAACGACCCAUUUUUGAGCAAAAGCAUAGCUCGAAUUAUGAUCAGCAUCAUGCUUUUGGCUUGCCUAGUGGGCGUCCGAAUGUAGGCUUUGAACCAAUGGAGCGAAUCGGCGACUCUAGCCGCGAGUCUUCUCACCAGGCUCAUCUCGACAAGGAGAAGGAAGUUCAAAGCCGCAUCAAGGCCAGAGAGCUGGCCGAAAGGGAGAAGAAGGUCGAGGAGAGAGAGAUCGAGCAAGCAGUUGAAGACGAGAUGCGGAGGAGGAAGCAGGAGAGGGAGCUCGAGCAAGCAGUUGAAGACGAGAUGCGGAGGAGGAAGCAGGGCAGGGAGCUCCGUCGUCGGCAUUCAAGAGGCAGCAGUUUCUCGUCUACGAAGUGGUGA